GAUCAUUUCCUCCAUUGACAACUCACUCUCCUCCAGCUCUCUCUCUCUCUCUCUCUCUCUCUGAAUCUGUUUCCCAGCGUUCCCAUUCACUUCACAUAGCUACGACGUUUAGAGCAACAAAGACAAUGGCCUCAAACUCACUCUUGUCAAAGAUUGCAACCAAUGAUGGACACGGCGAGAACUUGGCUUACUUCGAUGGAUGGAAGGCCUACGACAGGAACCCAUUUCACCCGACUCAGAACCCCGAGGGUGUUAUUCAGAUGGGUCUUGCAGAAAACCAGCUUUCUUUCGACGUGAUUCAAGAGUGGAUUAUGAAGAAUCCCAAGGCCUCCAUUUGCACUCCCGAAGGACUUGCCGAGUUCAAAAAUGUGGCCAACUUUCAAGACUAUCAUGGCUUUCCAGACUUCAGAAAGGCUAUAGCUAACUUCAUGUCAAAGGCGAGAGGAGGCAGAGUCAAAUUUGAUCCUGAUCGUGUAGUCAUGGCUGGCGGAGCCACCGGAGCUAAUGAGACGGUCAUGUUUUGCUUGGCUAACCCAGGAGAUGCUUUCCUAGUUCCCUCUCCUUACUAUCCAGCAUUCUACCGAGACUUGGGGUGGCGAACGGGAGUGAAAAUUGUUCCGGUCGAUUGUGAUAGCUCAAACAAUUUCCAAGUAACCAGAGCAGCACUUGAAGCAGCCUACGAAAAGGCCCGAAACAACAACAUCAACAUAAAGGGCUUGAUCAUAACAAACCCUUCAAACCCAUUGGGGACAACCCUGGACAGAGCCACACUCACUAGCUUGGUGAAAUUCAUCAAUGACAAGAACAUCCACUUGGUCUGCGACGAAAUCUACGCAGGCACAGUGUUCAGCUCCCCAAAAUUCACCUGCGUUACAGAGGUCAUGAAAGAGGUGAAGAACUGCAACCGCGAUUUGAUCCACAUUGUGUAUAGCUUGUCCAAGGACAUGGGAGUCCCUGGCCUAAGGGUCGGAAUCGUUUACUCGUACAAUGACACCGUCGUGAAGUGCGCUCGUAAGAUGUCGAGCUUCGGGUUGGUCUCCUCCCAAACUCAACACAUGCUCGCCGCCAUGCUUCUCGACGAUGAAUUUGUCACCAACUUCCUCGAGACCAGCUCUAAGAGGCUGGCGAGGAGGCAUUGGAUUUUCACCACGGGGCUCGAAAAGGUGGGAAUCAAUUGCUUGAAAGGAAAUGCCGGGCUGUUUUGCUGGAUGGACUUGAGGAAGCUGCUUAAAGAUAAAACAUUCGAGGCGGAAAUGGUGCUGUGGCGUAUGAUUAUCAACGAUGUGAAGCUCAACGUUUCGCCGGGAUCUUCUUUCCGGUGCGUGGAGCCUGGUUGGUUUAGGGUUUGCUUUGCAAACAUGGAUGAACAUACGGUUGAAGUUGCAUUGAAGAGGAUUCGAGCAUUCGUGGGAGUAGAAUUCGAAGGAAACAAGAAGAGGAAUAAUGCAGAAGUGUUUGUGAACAGUCCUAGGAAGAAUCGUUGGGGAAAAGAUGGUCUGAGGCUUAGCUUUGGAUCAGCAACAAGAAGAUAUGAAGAGGUCAUGUCCCCGCGUAUGAUGUCUCCUCAUUCACCAAUGCCUCACUCGCCUCUACUUCGAGCAAGUUAAAGAGUAUAUAUACUCAUCCAUGCACUCAACCUAGCCUUUUACUCGAUCUACUGAAUAAUUCGAGGUUUAUUACUACUCAUGUUUGAUUUAAAUUUUCGUACGAAGUCGGCCAUGAUACAUUUGUUCUGAUUAAUUAUUCUGGGUGCUAGCUGAUUGUUGCAAUCUGCUACCUCAAAGGUUUUUUCAUAGGGGAUAUUACAUAUGUUUCAUAUAUGUAGGUUGUCAAUGUAUAAAUUGGACGACUAACCUUAGCCAGAAUGAUAAGAAUAUUGUUGAUCAGUGUAAUCAUGACUUGUGUCGUUCAUGCUGUG